AAAGCCACAGAGCGCCACGUUGAAUGCCUUUAAGUCGGCGACGAUGGUUACCACCAAUUCCAUGCCCAAGGGUACAAGGAGAGCGCGGUCGGCUCCGGCCAAUCAACCAUGGCUCUACGGGUUGCGACGACCAGGAUCGCAGCAGCAGCAGCAGCAGCAGGAGCGCUGCCAUCGACUCUGCCUUUCUCAUCGCAAGUCGCUGCUCUAAUUCACCUCGUCGAUCUGGUUGGGCUCAGACCAAACAGGCCUAGAUUGGCCUCUUCACGGACCAACCCCGAAGACCCCGAAACCCCCUCGUCGAAGCCUGAGAAGAAACUCAAGCUCGCCGACCGUCUCUCCGCUGUUAUAGACGUUGUCAAUGAUCGUAAACUCCCUCCUGAACUCCGUGGGCAACGAAACAAUGUCAGGUCAGAAACCGAUAUCAUUAAUGUUGUCGAGCAGAGAAUUUGGCAUUCCAUGGAAGAAGGCCAGUUUGAGAAUUUGCCAGGAAAAGGCAAACCGCUCAACCUUAGUUCUAACCCUCAUGCAGACCCGGCGGAAGACACAUUGUACAGAAUACUCUCCAAAAAUGGAUGUGCACCUGAGUGGGUUGAACUGAACAAGGAGAUACGAGGAAGAAUCAACGAAUGGCGGUUAGCCCUGAAGAAAGCACAGGCUAACAGAUUAAAUGAAAAUUGUGCUAAAUGGAUUGAAGACUCUGAGGUUCUCAAGGUGCAGUUGCGUGAGAUCAAUGAUAAGGUCUUACGCUAUAAUCUCAUUGUUCCUUUUGGACGGCAGAUGUUUGGACUCAAGUGGGAGAAAGAACUGGAUCGAUUAAAUGGAUGAUCCCUCGAAUUUUGGGGUUCGUAUUCCCCUUUUUUUAGUAUCUUAUUCAUUGUGUGAUGGGGAAUAUGGGUAUCUUUAGAUAGAUUUUUGGUUCCAUAUUAUGUUUUGAAUGGACGUGAUAUGGGUGACCCAUGAACGAGGAAUGUGAAAUUAUAUAUACGGACUUGCUACCAAAAAAAAAAAAUUGUAUAUACUGCAUAUACUCUUUGAGCUUUUCAUACUCAUACAUGCUUAAUGAGAUUUACAAUCGCAUUCAUGAAGUGUGUUGUUAGAUAUGAGGUAGGAUGAUUAAGCUCUACUUUUUGGCUGAAGAGUUAUUUUGAUACAAGGAACAUGAGCAUGGGAGAAUGACAGUGUGAGGUGAAAUACUGAAGAAACGAUGGAGGUGCUUCUGUACACAUAUUACUAAUAUUCUUGGAAUUUUCCACUUCUACAUGAUCAAUGAGAUUGAUGGUUACAUUCAUGAAGUA